ACACCACAGCUCCACGGAGAAGCUCGACAUGGUGCUGCGCGACCUCGGCGUGCAGCAGCGACAGAUAGACGCGACGCCGUCCAUGUCACUGCACAUGGAGCGCAGUCCACUCUUUACGCGGCGCCACGCAUCGCCGCCUCGCCAAGACGACAACGAAGCUACCAGUGCCAAGGCAGGCUCUACCGGCCCACUGCCUGACGUGCUUCAUGUUUCUCAAGACGCUGUGAACAGUCGGGUCCAGCAACAGGCUGGGGACCCGGCCCGCAAGACAUCGAGUCCGCCACAACUCAAUGCCAGCGUAAAGAGUAGCCGUGAUAGUGACGUAUCUUUACGACAUCCACGGCUGUCGGGGUGCAGGAACACGACAAGUAGUGAGGAAUUAUCUCCUCUAACCCCCAUAACUCCACUCAGUCCCAGUAGUUUGAGGAGCCCUUUUCUUGUCCGCAAGACCAGCGACGGCUCUUGGCCAGUUGCUGUUGCGUCUCCGUGCCUUACACGGCAAUCUUCAAAUGCGGUCGUGUUUGAAAGUGCGCGGUCUAUGAUGCAGAGCGGUCCUGACAUCGACGACCCUACCGUAGCAUUUGAAGUCGCGCAUUAUCCUAAAAAAGUCAUCACCAGAAGCAUUUCGUCCACGCCUCUCCCACCUGCCCUGUGUACGAAUGCCCCUGUCCCUGCCGAUUCACCCCUGCUUGGCAGUCCCGGCUCACUGAGAUCGCUUGACCAAUCACAGGACCUGAGCUCGGUUUCUAGCGUAUCCUUCACACCUGAUUGGACGGACAGAGCAGAUCGCGAUUCAGAUCACACGUAUCAAACUGUCAAUAGAAGUAACCGAUCAUCUAGAACGGCAUCCAAUUCCUCCCUGCACAAUACAUCUGCCACCUCUAGUGUGGUGGAAGAUAAACGCAAAAUUAGUGCGACUCGGCCACCCAAUUUGCCAACAGGUCUGCCACAUCGCAAGGAUUCGCCGCAUUCGAUUACUUCAAGACCCCAAGUCGGGAACCUGCCACACCUUCCAGACGACAGAUCACACGUCAGCAAUGCAGCGUUGUUGAAGGAAGACUUGGCAAACCUCAAUGCUCCUCCCAAUUCUUGGUCAGACCGCAAUCAGAAUCGAUAUACUCUGUUCCUGGCUCGAAACUCAACCACGCUUUCCAUGCUUCCGGAACACAAAGUUCUGCAGCUCUUCAGGGAACAGUACACCAAGGAGCUCGACAUCCAGAAGGCCUUGCAAGAGGAACCUCCCAACUUUUCGCCGCCAGCUCGAGGCCUGGCUAAACCUUUUGGGAUGUCGCUGGAGUCGAUGGUGUGUACGCGCUGCAGCGACGGCUUCCAGCCUCAGGAGAAGAUCGUUAAUGCCAACGGCCAGCUGUGGCACACGCAGUGCUUCGUGUGCGCACAGUGCUUCCGGUCGUUCCCUGACGACAUCUUCUACGAGUUUGAGGGGCGGCGAUACUGCGAGCACGACUUCCAGGUGCUGUUCGCGCCGUGCUGCGGCAGCUGCGGCGAGUUCAUCAUUGGCCGGGUGAUCAAGGCGAUGAACAGCAACUGGCACCCGCAAUGCUUCCGCUGCAACGAGUGCGAGAAGGAGCUCGCUGACCUCGGCUUCAUCCGCUACAUGGGGCGAGCUGUGUGCCACGACUGCAACGCCAGGCUCAAGGCGCAGAGUCUCAACAAGCACAUGUGCCACAAGUGCCAUUCCGUGAUCGACGGAGAGCCGCUGCGCUGGCGGGGUGACACGUAUCACGCGUACCACUUCAACUGCGCCAACUGCCAGGUGGAACUGACCCACCAGGCCAGGGAGGUCAAGAGCAGACCAGGCUACACCGCCAACCAGCUGAACCAGCUGUACUGCCUGCGGUGCCACGACAAGAUGGGCAUCCCCAUCUGCGGGGCGUGUCGCCGCCCCAUCGAGGAGCGCGUGGUGACGGCGCUGGGGAAGCACUGGCACGUCGAGCACUUCGUGUGCAUGAAGUGCGAGAAGCCUUUCUUUGGCAACCGCCACUACGAGAAGAAGGGGCAGGCCUAUUGCGAGACGCACUACCAUGAGCUCUUCGGGAACCUCUGCUUCGUUUGCAACCAGGUCAUCUACGGCGACGUUGUGACUGCGUUAAAUAAAGCCUGGUGUGUACACCACUUCGCCUGCACGCACUGCGACGUCAAGAUGACUCAGAAGACCAAAUUCUUCGAGUUCGAUCAGAAGCCUAUCUGCAAGAAGUGCUACGAGAAGCUACCUCAGGAGCUCAAGAAGCGACUUAAACGCCAGCACGACAUACAAGCUCGUGGUGGCAAAGUUCCUGCUAACUGAACCUUCCUGACGACACACCAGCCACGGAACACGCCCCUAACGCCUGCUAACUCUAGAGGAAUUCAAUGACACUUGUUUCUGUAGCGAAACGCGGCCUAUCAUGCAACAAACUCAGGUGUUUGUCCGUGAAUUUCCACCCGGCUUUUAUACAAGGAACUCUGCCGCCACAACGCGUAUGUUUGGUUGUGAUGUGGCCUUCAAGAAGAGUAUCUUUCUGUCGUUUUUAAUUAAUAAUUAACAUAGAUCGCUCUGAGCUCUCAAGAAAAUGAUGCUUGACUAACAUGGCAUUUUUGUUUCGUGUUAUAACUACCGGACAUUCAGACCAACUUUUCAAUUACUUCGGUCAGGCUUGUUGCCUUCUUACCAUCGGUGAGUAGUUAAGCAUUGUUGUGAAAUCCUCAAUGAGAAGCUAAAUUCUAGAUAUUUGUAAUAAUUAUUUAAUCUCCUGCUACCUCGAGUCUUGUAAUUUGAAACAACUCCCGUGUCCGCGCUUGUGUUGAUCUUAAAGUGUCAUGCGUGUUCUCCAACUUUACGUUCUUACAAUCAGCCUAUUAUUGUUCGAUCAUAUUUCAAUUAAUGUACAUUUAAAAAUAUUCAUGUAAAUAUCUCUAUUACUCAAUCUGCAUGCUACAGAAGUUUAGAUUCAAAUAAUUUAUAUAUACAAAACGUAUGUCGGCCUUAACCUGCGUUCUCUUAGGUAAUGAUGCGAACUGAGAUGUUCACGAUGGUAAUGCCAGUAUUGUUCGUUCGAACCACUCACAAUUGUCCAUUAUUUGCUUGGAUUCUUGUUCAGUGUUGUUAUUUUUUGCCUCGUGCGCUGUUGUUGUCAAGUCGAUAGCAAAUAACGCCAGUAUUGAUCAAAAUCAUUUGCUUGAAUAACUGGAAAUGCUAAAAUAGGUUUUCUUAAAGUACAUUUCGCUGCUGUGGUGACAACUGGUCACAAAGUAAUGUUGGGGAAUCCAGGCGAUGUUUGUAAAUCAGAUUUAAUUUUGACUUCCAAGCGGCCUGCAUAGUAUUCGUUUCUAAGUGGUAUACAAUUCUCACUUCAGGAAACUCGGCGAAUGGACAAAUUAAGAAAUUCCUUUUGUUGACUUAUUUCAUUUUAUUAAAUUUUUUUUUUUUGCGAAAACGGCAGUCAAGUUCAUCUCCUAAUAACUCGUUUUUUUGGGAAAGAAAUAGACCUAACAUGUUUUUUGAUGCUUAAAGAAUAUCAAUUUUGUACUUAGUACUCUAUAUUCUCACAUCGUGUGCCUUCUUAACUCGUGCCAUGUAAGUUCUUCCCGACUGCAUUUAAGGCUUAGCUUAACUGAUCCUAAGUGUUGUGUUCUCAGUGAAGUGUUCUUGUCGUGAAUGCUGUAUAACUACUUUCUUUAUUAUCGCACUCGCACUAUCGUUUUCUUCCUGAGAGGAAUCUAUUUGGAAUAAUCAAUUCCGGUUUUCCAUGUUACUACAAUUUCUAGAUCGGAGUAACAACACUUUGGAGCACAAAGUAAAGCCGCCACCUCACCCUAGCAUGGUCUUCAUGAUCGAGGUCGAGGUGAGUCUCCCGCAUUCUGAAUGCUUCUUCUCUAAAAGACUGGUUUUGGUGUUCUAUUCGACAUACCUUGUCACAGCCAGCAACUAAGCUCUUCCGGUUCCCGUUCGAAACUGCCGAACUUCAAGACGUAGUUCCAGUUUCGUAUUUCUGCUUCCUCUUUGUGCUGUCCUUUCAUGUUUCCUAAGCGGCUUCAAGCUUAGUAUAGAAUAUGCUCGUUUAUCGAACCGAAUUGUCCAUUCUUGGCCUAGUGGUUAAGUGAUUGUUCUGUGUGCAAUAAUUUCUGACAAUUAUUUAUAUUGUUGAUGGCUUCGGUUUAAUUGCAAACUGUGCAGAUUUUUCCUCCAGCUGAACGCGUUUAAUAGAAUCUAACGUCAUUGUUAUCAUCCAGUAUUUCAUACAUUAAGACAUCAUCAGAUAGCUUCUCACAAAGUGACAAUGAUGUGCCGUAAAAGUUUAUUGUCUGUCAUUUUUAUCGAAAAUUUGAGACAUUCGUCUUAUAAUUGGUCCCAGCUUUUAGAUAAAUUUAAUAAGAUUUAUCGGACUUUGAUGUUUUCGGAUCUUUUUGGUAUAAUACGAACUUCGUAAUUUGUGCUCAUUUUAUGAAGGGCAGCAGGCGCUUGCUUAAUAGUUAACGAAUGUUCUGAACAUGACCGCUCGAGUAGCUACUUAAUGUACUUCGCUCCUUGGGAGUUGAGCUUCUUCAAAUGAAAUUUUCUUCAAUUGCGAGUCCAAUCAGACUCUUGGCGAGACUUGUGUUUUUUUAUUAAAAAAAAAUUUGUUCACUGAACUUUCUUUCUCGUUCCCAUUCUUGACCGAAUGUUUAUUGGUAAUUCGCCAUGAAACAGGUGGCCUCAAGCUUGGCUAAGCCUCACGGUUUGUGCUUUAUGUCCAUAAUAAAAAUUGAGGUAUUCAGAUGUGUGUUCAGUCAUCAUCUCAUGGAUAGCCAAGCUGCAGGCAACAUUAAUGUAAGGUUUGCAUGAUUUUAAAACUUAAGUGCCUAACGUUGUCGACUCACAAUUGUUCCAACGAACCAUCUCUAAUAUGCAGGUAUUAAAAAUAAAUGUACGUUAAAUGAUGUGUUUGAAAUGUUAUACGUUUAUUAAAAUAAAAUUCUAACCUCG